AUGUCUGUGUCCAAAAAGAAGGAUGAGGACAAGGAGAAAAAGUUUCUGGGACGACUACAGUACAAAUUGGACUAUGACUUUGAUAAGAACUCGCUAACAGUGGUCAUUGUCCAAGCUGAGGAGCUUCCGGCUAUGGACCUUGGAGGAACAUCUGAUCCAUACGUCAAACUAUUCCUUCUUCCAGAGAAGAAGAAGAAGUUUCAGACAAAAGUUCAACGAAAGUCGUUGAAUCCAGUGUUCAAUGAGAGUUUCACAUUCAAGAUUCCAUACAGUGAGAUUAACUCUCAGACUCUGGUGCUGAACGUUUUCGAUUUCGACAGAUUUGGAAAGCAUGACCAGAUUGGUCAAAUCUCGAUCCCACUCGGAAAAAUCGACUUGGCAGCGUCGAUUGAGAAAACCGAUUUGAUCGAAAGUCCACCAGAAAACCGUUUAGGAGAAGUAUGUCUAGCUCUUCGUUAUGUUCCGAACAAGAACAAGCUAUCGGUCGUGGUUAUGGAGUGCAAGAAUCUAAAGAAGAUGGACGUCUUGGGAUUGUCAGAUCCGUAUGUGAAGAUCUAUUUGAUGAUGGGCACGAAGCGUUUGGAAAAGAAAAAGACUACGAUUAAAAUGAAGACGUUGAAUCCAUACUAUAACGAAUCGUUCAGUUUCGAUGUGACUCCUGAGAAAAUGAUGAGAGUCCAUCUCCACGUCACCGUUUCGGAUUACGAUCGAGUUGGAUCCAAUGAAAGAAUCGGACAGGUUAUCAUUGGAACAUGUGCCACUGGCGUGGCUCUGAAGCAAUGGAACGAUAUGCUGGCGACACCAAGACGCUCAGUAGCUCAAUGGCACACUUUGGUGCCAUUCAACGACGAUUAA